AUGAAGCCCGCUUUUCCACUUUCGCUCAGCCUGUUUGUUUUAUCGAGCAACUGUCAAGACGCGGUCGUCAAAGAGUCAUUUUUAGCGGUUUAUAACGAACGGCAUUUUGGCCCCCAAUUUGCACACUGCGUCUCGGAUGUGAUCACCACUAGCAAUGUUUCUACACAGACGCGCUGCUCUGUCCAUCAAUCGGUUUAUCAACAGUGUUCCGACUAUUUGAAAGAGAACGAUUCGUUGUACCAUUUUGUUCUCCAGCUGCUUACUGAGAACGCCUGCCGUGUUCAAACGAAAGAGCUCGAGUCCACGGCUUCUGGAAAGAGACUGAUCGACCAUAUGGUUCGGAUCAUGAACCAGGGCACUCGCGAAGACCUUUUGGUGUUACUGGACAAGGCUCAUGUGGAUGUGAGUUCGCAUUUGACAAAGAGAGGCAAUCCGUUCAAGUUCAAGUUUGACACUGACGAAAAAGACGCUAAGAAAACACAGGCAAAGAAGAAAGUCACCAAGGACAACAAGAAAACGUCAUCCAGCGACGCCAAGUCGUCGGCGGUCAAACCAAAGAAGAUCGCCAAGGACGAGACCACCAAGUCUGUCAAGGUUGCAAAGACCUCCGCGCCAGAAAAGAAGAUCCAGCCGGCUGCUGUGAACCAGUCGGUUGCAGCUUCCAACGCUGAUGUUACCGACCAAGGGAUUCUGGACGCCAUUAAAGACAAAGUUGGCAAGUUCAAAGGAGACGACGACGACUGCGACGACGAGACCACAAGUGCGUCUCCAACGACGGUGGAGGUGACCACCACCGAGGUGAAGAAGAAGUUCAAGACCAGAACAGAGACCGACUACGCAACAGAGACCGACACAGACACCACGACCGUUUACAAAGUCACGUUGAGACCCACGACCAUCUACGAGUUCCUGACCAAGUACAAAUGGGAAAAGCUCACCACCACGGACUACCAGUACGUCACCGACACGGAGUACGACGUGACUACGAAGACGUGUUUGGAUGUGCAAACGGUGACGGAGACGGAGCUGGACAUCAAAUCCACCACCAAGACUGUUGCCAAGAAGACGAUCACGGAUUACGACACAGAGACAGAUACAGAGACGGACACAGAAACAACCACCACCACGACCACCAAAGAUAGAACAAAAACGGAUACAACCACACAGCUCUCCACGUCCACGAAAACAGACACCACAACCACCACGGCUACUACUACGACCACCAUGACGGGAUCCGGAAGUGUGACGGUCACUUCGACGGUGACGCUCCUGAACGAGUUCACGUCCAGAUUCUGUUCCGUUCUGGGACGUUUGGGAGUGGACUGUCCUGCGCUGCCGUCUCUUCCUGCUCUUCCUACACUGGCAAAACGUGACUAUGUGGAGCCAACAGAGGUAUACUACACGGGAGACCUGAGCUUCACGGUGCCAACCACAAGCUAUGUGUCUGUGAGUCGACCAACUGCCACUCCAACCGGCAGAAACGAGUCUGCUACCGCGACGAGCACGAAUAGCACAUUCACUCUGGCGAGAAAUGCCACGUUCUUGAACGGCGCGGGCUCGUUCCCAGACUCUAGUCUCUCGACCGUGGUCAGUCUGUUGGGACUGGUGUUUACGCUUCAUUGUUUCCUAUUUGAGUAG